AUGGAAGCAAUGCGGACUGGUGUGAGGCAGGUUCUUCUAUUCCUGGUCCCCCUUGUUCUGGUUCAGACUCAGACAUGGGAGAGACAUGAGACCUUGGAUCGAGAUGGGAUCGUGAAUUUAUUCUGGACUGCGAAUUUGGAGAAUGGGGAGAUCACAUUCGAGCUGCAUACGAAGACUCAGGGAUGGGCCGGGUUAGGUUUCUCGGCCAACGGUGCCAUGACUGGAUCUGACAUUGUCGUCGGAUGGAUCAAGGAUGGACAGACCUUCUUCACGGAGAAGCGUAGUCUCCUGCUUCUUCCCAACUGGGAUUCUAAAUUUGCAGCCAUCGACACCUGCGAUGAAGAUGACUUCUACAUCACCAUAGUCACAGAAGGGGCAGCCACUACUUCGUCAUCUAAAGCAUUCCACGCGUUUACCACUCUGCAAGUAAAUGUGACGGCCUUGGCGGCCUAUAUCGUCAGGUACCCGCCCGGAGUACUGAAUCCGGAGUCGUGCGGGGUACUGGCGAGGUCCGUCCUCCAGUCCGCGGACCGGAUGCCGACACUUGUGGUAGCUGUGGCCGUAAAUGAGGCCGUACGAGCGGGGCGAACCCAACGAAAACUCAAGAUCGCAGAUGCAGCCAAACUUUAA